AUGCAAACUGCGCGGCACGCAAAACUCGACACGAGGCUAGGCGCUGAUUCGGUGGCACUUCUAGGUGCCGCGGAAACUGAAGGUCAAGUCACGCGGCAGCGGGCGGUCGUCGGCACCUACUCGCUGCGCAAUGACAAGGGUGAUGCUCCCUAUCGGGACGGGGGCUUAUUAGUCGUAUCGGCGACGCGAGAGGGAGAUGUAUGCUCGCUGUCGAUGGAGCAGGAGGUGCACGACAUCCCGGGUGUGCUGGACGUGGCAGCACAGACAAGCCCCGGUAUCCUAUACGCGGCCUGUGCAAAUGAUUCCUUUCUAGCAUUUGGAGAUAUAGAUGGAGAGGGAAGGUUUCUGCACUCGCUGCAGAAAGUUCGCGAGGUCGAGGAUCCGAACCGUAUCCUUCUUUCCGUGGAUGUGUGUGAGGAUCCCGGCAGUGAUGAUGCCUUCGUGGCGUCCUCGGAUUCGGCUGGUGGCAUUUCAGUAUAUCGUGCGGUGAAGCACGGCUGGGAGCCAGUGAUUCAACGAGAUACACACACGCAGGAGGCGUGGUCUGUGCAUAUUGAUGUAUCUCGAGAAGCGAUGUACUCUGGCGGAGAUGAUGGUGCGCUUGUUUGUUAUGACUGGAAUACCGAUAUUGAAUGCUUCAGACUCCGCAAAGCUCACGGGGGGGUUGGUGUGACGGCGGUUACGAAGAAUAUGUUUGAGAGCCGGGAGGAAGGGGAAUUUCAUCUGUGGAGCGGUGGGUAUGACGAUGUGCUACGUUUUUGGGAUAUUCGGUUCACAAAACAGUGCGUUUCUGAAGUUGCUGUCGGCGGUGGCGUAUGGCGCAUUCGGUUUCACCCGAAGAAGAAAGAUCUUAUGCUUGUGGCCACAAUGUACGAUGGCUUUAAGGUGGUCAGGAGGGACUGCUCUGAUCAUCUCGAGGUGCUAUGCCAUUAUCAAGGUCACGACUCUAUGGCAUACGGCGCAACAUGGGUUCCGGCAUUGGACCGCGGAGACCAGCACGUGGCAUUGACGGGUUCUUUUUAUGACCACUCCUUGCAGCUAUGGACGUUUGAUGACAACCCUUAGUUCAAAGGGUUGAGUUCCAGGAUCAUGUGCAACCGGUGACUGAAGAGCGAAGCUCCGUGCAUAGUGCUGAUUGGACGUAGCGCGAUGGAUUGACAAUACGUAUUUCAUAUUGGGUGAAAGGAGUGUCCAUGCUCCGGGCGGGGCUUGAUCGACUGCGCUGGCCGCUGGUGAUGCAAGAAUGUGAUCCAAAAACGUGAAACAAGAGGGUUUUGGUUGUCAUAAAGUAUACAUUGCGACCAAAUAAAAUAGGGUGAAGCUGUAUCUACGCUAUUGCUGUA